AUGACGUCCGGCAGCGCACUCAAAAGGCUGAUGGCCGAAUACAAGCAACUUACCGAUAACCCUCCGGAAGGAAUAGUGGCGGGUCCAGUCGACGAAUCAAAUUUCUUUGAGUGGGAGGCCUUCAUUAUGGGUCCCGAUGGAACACCUUUUGAGGGUGGAGUUUUCGCUUCGCGCCUGUCCUUCCCGCCUGACUACCCAUUAUCGCCUCCGAAAAUGCGGUUUAUUAGCAACAUAUUCCAUCCUAAUAUUUACCCCGACGGUCGGGUAUGCAUUUCCAUCCUCCACACUCCCGGCAACGAUCCUCUUGGUUACGAGACACCCGCAGAAAGAUGGAGCCCGGUUCAAUCGGUGGAAAAAAUCCUCCUUUCCGUUGUCAGUAUGUUGGCAGAACCGAAUGAUGAGAGUGCAGCCAACGUCGACGCGGCAAAGACGUGGCGAGAGAAUCGCAAACUGUUUGAUGAAAUGGCAAUGCGAAGUGUUCGAAUGAGUCUCGGAUUUCCCGCAGAAGGAGAUGUCAAUUAG